AUGGAUUCCGAAACAUUCGAAAGGAAGCGUUAUUCCGAAGAUUCUCAAUCCCCAAUACAUUCCAAUUUGAGUAAAGUGCAAGUGUUGGACGAAGAAGAUGAGGAAGAUGAGGGAACUAAAAGGAGGAGGCUCCUUGAGAACAACAUUAAACUGCCACUUAUCGUAUUCUUUUUAACAUUUCUGUUUCCACCCCUAGGGUUCAUUUGUUUCCUGAUAAAUAAAUCGCUGAACAAGAAGUCGCGCAGGUACGCGUGGUUCAGAAGGGCGCUGGGCCUGGGCUCGGCCCUAUCGGUCAUUUAUAUGCUGAUAAUAGCGUCGGUGCUGCACCACACAGUGCUGUACAAGCACCCGGAGGACGAGUUGGGCUACGGAUACGAAUAA